AUGUGGGCUUACAAUCCCGAAGACCCCGCUACCGUUGUCAGCUUCUACCGCACAUGCCACGCCCAAUUGUGGAAGGUGUUGUUCAAUCCACAGAAGGACUGGCAGGCCGAGAAGGAAGACAUCGUCCUUGACGCCGCAAACCCCCCUCAUGAGAAAGCGCUGCGGAUCGACGGCCCAGCCCUGCUGCCCGAGGGCCCCAGGAUAGCCUUGCUGAUGGCCAUGUUGGCCGUGGAGCCGUACAAGGAUUUAACUCCAGCAUCCACAUCCUCACCACAUUUUCAGGCCAGUUCUGAGUUUAAUGUAGAAGAUUAUCUCAAUGAAGGUGGAGAUGGAAUUCUAGCAGCACCUUCCUUUUUUCCUGAUGGAGAUGGAAUUUUAGCAGCACCAAAUCAUACUAUCAUCAAUAGUAAUAAAAAAACUCAAGACUCGGGCCAGAGUUGCAGCCUGCUGUCCAGUUCCCCAACUGAGGAUUCUCCUCUUUAUAUGCUUGAUACUUCAGAUGGGGCUCUAAGUAAUAAAUAUGCUAUGGAUGAAUUGACAACAGUGAGUGGCAGUCAUGGAGUACUCCCUUCCAUUCAGGAAAAUAUAGGGGCCAGCAGUAUUGCCUUUGCUGGUACAACUACAGACACGUGCUUUGUUAAUAACCCGCAGUCUCAAUUCCUUGGUCAGCCUUCAACUUGCUCUUCGCAUGAAAUAAUUGAUCUUACUGAGACGGAUGACAUGGAUGAAACUGAUGAUGUACCAAUGGAAUUAGGACCUAUAUCUGAAUUAGUUGAUCUUACUUACAUGGAUCAGAUUGAUCACGUACCAAUGUUACUACCUAGGAAGAAUGUCACUCUUGCACUUGAUCUAGAUGGCACCCUUAUCCAUUCAGCAAGGUACGACCAUGGCACGGACUUUUCAUUCUGUAUGCGCCGUGGAGAAGAAGAGUACACUGUAUACGUGAAGAAGAGACCACAUGUGGAUGUGGACGCCUUCCUUGAAGAGGCAGCUCAUAUGUUUGAGCUUGUUGUCUUUACGGCUAGCAUAUAUUCUUAUGCAAACCAACUGAUUGAUGCACUGGAUCCUGAGAACAAACUAAUAUCACGGCGUUUUUUUCGUGAGUCCUACGUCUCGGUUGAUGGAAGAUAUCAGAAGGAUCUCACCAUUACUGAAGCUGAUCUUGCAAAGGUGUGA